AAACUCUGUGGAAUAUGCCUUGAUACAAAUGUUGUGCAAACGACGGGUUAAUGUAACUGUAGCCAAUACCAUAGACGAUUGGAGUAGUCUAAAUGAAUUUAUAUCGGAUAUAUCACAGCCAUGUGAGAAAAUGAUAAUUUCUUGUUGGUUUGGCGGUGUUAAAUACGAUUGUCUGCGUAUAUUCCACCCCAUUGUAACCGAUGAGGGGUUGUGCUGUGCAUUUAAUUUGGUGCAUCCGAAAUUUCUAUAUGCCGAAGGCACUCAAUCUCUCAUCAAGGAAACCUAUAGCAAUCACAGUGACAUGGAUGAAGCGAUUAACUGGAAUCCAGAAUCCGGCUACCCCAAGAAAUUACCAAAACAUUUUUAUCCUCGAACUGCUGCGGGUACUGGAGAAUCAUUGGGCCUUACCGUAAUACUCAAUGCCGAGGUGGAUCAAUAUAACUGUUCGUCAACGAAUAGUGUUGGCUUCAAAAUGGCCAUGCACAACCCCAAUGAGAGAGCCAAUGUUCGUGAAGUGGGUCUGCUGCUGGCAGCAGGAUAUGAAACAAAGGCUCGAAUACGUAUGGAAAAAAUAGAGGCAGAUCAAAAACUGCAUUAUGUCGGUUUGAAAUAUCGGCAAUGUGAAUUUCAAGAUGAACACAAGUUACACUAUUUUGCAACAUAUACUGAAUCGAAUUGUGAGGCGGAGUGUAUUGCAAAAACAAUGAUGCGCCAUUGUCGUUGUUUACCGCAUUAUAUGCCGAAGCGAUAUGAAAAUGAAACGGUUUGUAGUAUUUAUGAUAGUCGCUGUGUUGAGCGGAUUCGCUUGCACUCGAUGAUAAAUGACGAUAAUGACAAUGAAAUUGAAUGUGAUGAGGUGUGCCUGCCCAGUUGCUAUGAUUUGAAAUUUUAUGCAGAAUUUUUUUCCACACCAUUGGAACAUGGGGUUUUUGUCAGCAAUAAUCCCUCACUGCGAGAUAUGUCGGAGGAAUAUGUUGAAAAGAAUAUUGCCAUAUUGAACAUGUACUAUAAGGAUAAUUCAUUUCACAGUAAUAAACAAACGGAAUUUAUUGGCAUGACAGAUUUUAUGUCCAGUAUUGGUGGCCUCAUUGGUUUAUUUUUUGGUUUCAGUUUCAUGUCUCUGGCGGAAAUAAUAUUUUAUACACUCAUUCGUCCUUGCC